AUGGCUAAUAAGAGCAGACCGUAUUUCACGCACGAUACUCGCGUGCCACCAGGGACUGUGAAAGGUGAAAAUACGGUGAUAAUGAGACCGGAUGAGUUUAGGGAUUUCAAUUGCAUGUAUCGUGGUGCAAAGCCAUGGAGAGAUAAACAAACUUCUCUUGGUCCGGAAAUAACUGCAUAG